GCGGGAGUCGAUCCCACAGGUACUCACUUUGGUACCGGUAGACAGUACCUAACGAACGCCACACACACAAUCUACCGGUACAUAACUACGUAGUUGUCGUGGAUGAUACGAGGGCUGCCUCACCACGGACAUGUGUGGCACGUGCCAGUGCUGGCGGCGGCGUGGGUGGGGAUGGCGGGCUGGCUCGUGGCCGCGGCGGACGCCACCGUGUGGCAGGGCAACAUCGUCGGCCCGGCCAAAUGCAACACGACGCGUUUGUGUGGCGUGGCCGUGCCGACGUUGACCACACGGUGCGCCGGCAUCGAGUUCGACCAGGCGUAUUGGGUCAAGCCGGACGAUGUCACAUGCAUAUGGUUCCCCAAUGGCACCGUGUGGCGGGGCAUGAACCGGACGCGGUACUCGCCGUUCUACGGGUCCGAUACGCGCAACGUCAAAAACGAAAUCCGAGGCGGCAUCGACGUCUCGGUGGUCGAAUCGUGGCCAAACUCGGCCCAUUUGUUAAUCCUCAACGACCUGGGCAUCGACACCAUUCCUGACGACUCGUCUGUGGAUGCCGCGGGCGUCGAGCUCCUCGCGCUGCAAAUCCAAUUACAAAACAACAACUUGACCAAAUUCGACUCGAAACUGAGCCCGUGGACCAAGGAAUUAAUCGUGUGCGACAACCAAAUCUCAGCAUUGAAUUUAACCCGAACGAAGUUGGAGUUACUGUACAUCCAACGCAACUUGAUCACAGACCAAGUCAUGGAGCAAGCCAACUUGCCAUCUACCAUCGUCGAGCUAAACGUCGGCCACAACAAGUUGACGUUGCGGUCAUUGUCGUGGCUACCUCCCAGCCUGACCAUCUUACUUGCAGACAACAACUCGAUCACAACGCUGCCGCCGUCCACAACUACGUGGCCACGGACAUUGGCGAAUCUUUCGCUUGAAAACAACUCGUUGACACAACUGACGGCGAAUUUCCCCUCCACGCUGGCGUGGCUAUGUUUGGGGGGUAACAACAACCUUACGACAAUAUACGCCAACCAGUCGCAGUUUGAGAUCCUCUCGGCGCUUCAGAACCCAUCCCCCACCGCAUUGGUGUCGUCCGUCCCCGCGGGCACCGACGACCUAAGUGAUAACAUCUUCUCCACAAUUCCGUCCAACGCCACGUGUCAAGGGCACAUUCGCACCGAGCUCUUGUUUGGGAAAUUUCCCAUUUGCAUCCUCCCCGACGACAUGCCCCCCCCCUCCGUCGGCUUGCCGUCUCCGCCCCCCCCCUCUCCUUUGCCUUCCGUUUCCCUUUCCCCCAGCACGCUUUCUAUGGGGAUUGUUGGGAUUGUCACAGCGAUUGCGGGAAUCCUUUGCGUCGUCGUGUGCUGCCGGCAUCGUCGUCGGCGGCAGCACCCCCCGGAUCCGUACAUGGCGCCGCCUCUCUGCGACAAGGAUGAUGAUCGCUUGUCGGGGGGCAUGCUGACGGGUCGGCUGCAUCUGGACAUUCGUUUUGAAGACGCGUUCGUUCCGUUCCGCAUCCCCGCCGCGGCCAUCGAGCGGCGGCGGGUGGUGGCCCGCGGGGGCUUUGGCAUCGUGUACGAAGGUGUUUGGACGCAAUCGGCGUCCGUCCAUGUACCCGUGGCGCUCAAGCGGCUGCUGCCCACACACGUCGACGACCUCGGUAGCGUCGACGACUUUAUGCACGAAAUACGAGUGUAUGCGACCCUUGGACACCCGAACAUUGUGCACUUCCACGGCAUCACAUGGACACACAUUUCCAACUUGGCGAUCGUGAUGGAGUUGAUGCCUCGGGGCGAUGUGUGGUCGCUACUGCUGAACCACCCUGUCACGAACGCGUGGCACGCACUGAUUGGUCCGGCGCCAUCAUCCACGACAAAGUACACGAUCGCAAUCGACGUACUCCAGGCGCUCGUGUACCUCCAUGGCCGACAUGUGAUCCACCGAGACAUUAAAGCGCGCAAUGUACUGCUUACGGAUGCGAUGGAGAGCAAACUGACUGACUUUGGGUCGAGUCGGCGGCUGGGGGGGCGGCAAGCCGACGACGCGACGAUGACCGCCGAGAUCGGCACCGCUGCGUGGAUCGCCCCCGAGGUGCUCAAGGGCGUGCGGUACACGGAACAAGCCGACGUUUACUCGUUCGGGGUGCUUCUCUCCGAGAUGGACACGGCCACGAUGCCGUACGCCGACCUGUGCCGCCCUGACGCCAGCGUCACCAUGACCCGUACCCGCAUCGCCGUGCUCGUCGUCAACGGAGACAUCGCGCCGACGUUUCACGCGGCUAGUCCCAUCAAGCGCGUGGCCCUGCAGUGUUUGCAGCACGCCCCCGACCUCCGCCCCACCGCCAUGCAGUUGCUCGACACGUUUCGAAACAUGCGGCGGCUGCGGGAUGAAGAAGCAGCAGCAGGACGACGAGGUCACGGCCCCCAGUAGGACAGUACUACACUUGGUUAUUUAGCAUCAUACAUACACGAUACAUGUCGUUGUGACGACUGGACCGACUAUUCAUUUAAACAUGGACACGUCGCC